AUGAUGGUGGGUUCGCCCAGGUGGAGGAGAAGGUUCAGGAUCAGGGACCCAGGCGAGACGAGGAAGCUCCAAGGAACGACAGCUAGAAGGACGGGGAGGCGUCCGAUAGACCAAACGACGUACCUGACAAGUCUGACUGGCUACAAGGAUGAGGUUGAGGUUGAGAGCGAGAGGGGCUCAAGGGUCGCGCGAGGCGCACGGCGGGUCGCGAUGGACACGACGGGAUGCGAGAUGCGAGCGAGGCAGUCAGAUGAGGGAGAACCCCCGAAACCCCCAGGUCAGGUCCGGCCAGGUCGCCGUAACGACAAGGUCGAGUGCGGUGAGUGA